CACGUUAAACCGGUUCGGUGUCGGUGUCUGCAAAACGCUCCCGUCGGGGAUUUACCGACACAGUGUCCAUUGGAUUUAGGAACCGCUUGGGUGGAUGCGUUUUUCCUGCUCUGCGGUGCGGUGCGGUGUGCGGUGCGGUGCGGGACUGAGUGCCUGCAUCUGAAGAGUUUUUUUUUUUUUUUUUUUUUAUUGCAUUGAGAGGACUGGUUCCCACCCCCACCACCACCACCACCCAGCACCACCACCCAGCACAGGACAAAGAAAACGGGGGUGAAUGAGAAUGGAUCAGCGUCUGGUGACAUUGGUGUUUGGCUCCUUAAUGAUCGGUGGAUGCCUGGCCCGGGUGGUGACGGUGUCUCCUGGUCCGUUAAUCCGGGUGGAGGGUCAGGCGGUCUCCAUCCGAUGUGAUGUCAAUGACUACAGCGGACCUCGUGAGCAGGAUUUCGAGUGGAUGAUGUCCAGAGAGGCGACCGGUGCGAGGAUAAAGAUAAUCUCCACCUUCGACGCCGGCUACUCCCACCAGUCGCUCAGCCAGCGCGUGGCGUCCGGCGACAUCUCGGUGGUGCGUCUCCAGGACAACGAGGUGGAGCUGAAGAUAGCGGAGGUGAAGUCGCUGGACGCCGGGUUCUACUGGUGUCAGACGCCGAGCACCGACUCCGUCAUCAGUGGCAACUACGAGGCCCGGGUCCAACUCACUGUCAUCCCCAACACCCUCAAGGUCUCCCCCUUGACCCCGCCCCCAACGGUCCCAGAAGGAAGUGACCUCACGCUCUCCUGCAACGUCACCCGGGAGCUCACCCACCCCACCUACCUGUCCGUCACCUGGUCGGUGAAGAGGGGAGCGACGUCGGAGGAGAUUUUGACAUUUGGCCCUCAGGGAGACGUGGUCACGGGGGCAAAGUACGCCCGGCGCUACGCAGACGGAGGCAUCCGAUUGGUCCCCGGGAGGAACGGGCUGUUUGAGUUGGUGAUUACCAAAGUGACGACGUCUGACGAAGGGAUUUAUGAAUGCAACGGAACUGAAUGGACGCAUGAGAACGGAGGGAAGUGGAUAAAGAUCGUGGAGAGCACAAGAGAGAUGGGAACUGUAGCUGUCACCCCUAUAGGUCAGUCCCUCAGCGUGAAGGCUUCGUCCUCCUCUCCCUCCUCCACGCCUCUGCUCCUCUCCCCCGGCGAGACGCUGACCCUCCUCUGCUCCGUCGCCGCCGACAACCUGCCCUCCCUCGCCCUGGAAGUGGCCUGGCUGGCCGACGGCCGCGACAUCGUCACCAUGGAGCGCAGCGGCGUGGUGAUCUCGAACACGUCCGCGAGCGGGGCGCAGGGGAAGAGAGCGGAGGCGAGCCUGGAGAGGACGGGGGCCGGGGAGUACAGGCUGGGGGUGAGGGGGUGAGCGGGGAGGACGCGGGGACGUACGCCUGCCGCAUCCGAGUCUUCAUCGAGAAAGGAGGGAGGAGCUCGGGAGGAG